UAAAUAAUUUGUACUACCCGCCAUAAAACCAAAAGAAGAAGAAGGAGAAAAAAAAAAAAAUCGCGCUUGACAGGAGCUAAGACUUUCCCAGGUUUCUCCUUGGAGGCUUUAUAAAUCUCCAGCUUUAAGCUGUUCUUGUGCCAUUCUCCACAAAGUAACUGCACAACCUUUGUGCAGGAAUGUCCCAGAAGAACCCCUCUGACGGUGCUCAUAAAGGCUUUGCUGUGGGACGGGGGCUCCUGGCUGCUGCUGAGACCCUUAAUUUCAGCAUGAAUGAUCCUCGCCCCCUCUAUGUCACCCCUUCCCGGCCCUCUUACGGCAUGUCCUCAGCUCUGGGCAGUGGGGACGGCAGGAACUCCCAGAUGCCCCCUCGUGGUGGCAGCCAUGUUUCCAACACUAUGAAACUCUUUGGCAGCCUGGGACUCUCUCCCACUGACAUAGAUGCACUGGCACAAAUGCCUGAAGAAAAUAUCAGUAUAGACACCUUGCCGCAACUUAUCAUGCAGCUGAAGAACCGCAAGUUGGAGGCGAGCCGGCGCAUGGGCGGCAGCUCCAGGGACCUGCCCCCAAUCUCUCCAGAGCACUCAUACAGAGCAUCUCGUGACAACUGGGAGGAUAUCCCGGCUGGCCGCAUGGGCACUUCUAGUGGGCAGGUCUCAGCCCGUGGCCCCAAAAUGGAUUAUGGCUAUGGUUCCAUGCAGGGGGGCCCCUCUCGGGCCUACAAAUGUAUAGACUAUGGUGAGAACAGCAGUGGCGGGAUGAGCAGAGACCGCCAGUAUUCAGAGCUUUCCCGUGAUCGUUAUGGUGGCCUUGGGAUGGGUCCCUCCCCAGCAUCUGACAGUGGCUUUCUGCAGAAAAGAAUGGGCUCUCCCUCCCAAGGCAAAGUGCAGGACUUCUUGGGAGUCAUGCCCGACAUGUUCCCACACGUGUGCGCUCUUUGUGAUUUUGCAGUGCAUUCCACAAUGGACUGGACCCAACACAGUCAUGGAGUACGCCAUAUGGAAAACUGUCGGCUCCUGCUACAAAUGUAUCCAGGCUGGGAUCCUCACAUGGCUGCAAACAGAACGUCUGGUGCACUCCAAAUAGAUAGCACUAACCGCUCUGAUGGAAUCCUGGGCCCUGCACCCAUGGGACUACCAACAGGAGGGAUGGGCUCCAGCUGGGGUGCCAGCAUGUCACACAAAAACCAGCCAUUUUCAGGCAGUCCAAAGGUCCGAAGCAGAGUUGUUGUGGCAAAAUAUAAAAGAAGGGAAGUUCUCACAUUGAACUGCUUACGACUUCUGGCCCGACCAUUUGGAACUAUUUGUGAACAUUUGGUCCUGAAUAACAAGGCUUUUUUGGAGAUGGAAACUCAUGAACAGGCAUUGGCUAUGGUGGAUUUCUACCAGAGGAAGCCAGCUGAGAUGCAUGGGGAAAAAAUCACAAUCUAUUUAUCACAGGAGCUUAUAACAAUUCAGAAAGGCAAGAGAGAUUUUCAAGCCGAGGAAAGUCAGGUGGUUUUCUUUUCGAACCUGCCAAGAGUGGGUGAGAAGAAAUCGGAGCUACUGACUGUAGCUCAGCGCUUUGGAACUGUGGAGAAAUACCUGUUUUUAAAUGAUCAGGCUUUCGUGCAGUUUAAAACUCCAGAGGAUGCUGAGAUGAUGGUGAAGUAUUACACUCUGCAUCCUCUCACUAUCAAGGGCAGAAGCAUCCAACUAAACAUCUGUGAAAAGUAUAAGAGAUUAAAAUUGGAUCCCUCCAGGCACGGUCCAGAGAGAAAGGAUGCAAACAGAAAGACUAGCAGCACCAGCAGGAAAGGAUCUCCAAAAAAACAGAGAUCCAACUCCACCAGCAAGAGGAGCUCCAAGAGCAAGACAGAGAGUGCUAAGAAACAGGAGGAGCAGGAGCACAGUGCUGGGCUCGGGGAAGGCCCCGGAGAAGAGAUAUCUGGUGUGAUUGAAGCUGAUGAAGGGGGCUGUGAAGAAGCUGCUGAAACACAAGAAGCAGAACAGGCCGAGAUCCCAGAUGAGCCCAUUAUGGAACAAGAAGAGUCGUCAACCCAACAAGAGGAGCCAGUUCCUGAUCUAGAUGAGACUCAACACACUGUGGAAGAGACCUGUGAAGUUUCACUGACAGCGGGGUCUAAGGAUGCCAUAGCAGAGGAGCCCCUAUCAGAGGCUAAGGCUGCACAGGCUGAAGCUGAAAUUCAUCCAGAUGAGGGGAGAAGAACAGAGCCAACUGAAAGCACAGAGAUGCCAGAGGAGGACGAGGAAAUGCCUAUUGAGCAGGAUUUCUCUGAGAACAUGGAAGAUUUUGUGACUGUGGAUGAGGUGGCAGAGGAAGAAGAUGGUGAUAGUUUAGAAAGCCAAUCAAAAUCUGGGGCCUCGUAUUCAGGAAAUGCAAGGAACGAUAAGGGACGGAAGGUUGUCAAUGUUGUGGGAUUUAAAAGGGGCCACAGCUUUCUUCAAGAAAUCCUAAACCUUGCCAAACCUUUUGGAGAGGUGGUUCGACACCUUGUGCUUGAUUCCAGACCUGAGGCUUUUUUGGAACUGUCAUCUGAGGAGGAGGCUAGAUCGAUGGUGGCAUUCUACAAUGCUAAUAUUACGGCAGAAGUGUGUGGAAAACCUGUGAAAAUACACCAUUCACAAGCCUAUUCAACAAUUCAGAGUGGACGAGUGCUUUAUAUUGCACAGAUUCCACCAUUCAAAGGUUCUGAUGCCUCAUUUCUGAGAAUAGCUGAGCCUUUUGGAAAAGUGAGACGUUAUUUCCUCAAUCGGUCUCGUAAUGAGUGUUUCAUUGAAAUGGAAACUAGAGAAGACACUGAGAGAAUGGUUAAUGCCUACAGGAAGAACCCACCAAAGUUUGAAGGGAAACAGUUGAAUGUUUACGUGAGCCGAAAAUACAAGCAGCUAAAAUAUGGGUUCAGGCUGCCCCCUCCAAAGCCUGAGGAGGAGAGUCCAACCAAGAGGGAGCACAGUGGUGCUGGCUCUCCAGCCAAGGAGGAAGAGCCCCCAGCAAAGAAGAUCUGCAUCAGGGAAGAGAAGACUGCUCCCGCAGAGUCCAGCAGCAGCAUCAAUGAGGAGGAGAAGGCUGGCACAGAGGAAUCCAGCAGCAAUGGGGAGCAGCAGCAGGAAGAAGAAGAAAAGGGUGCUUCUGAGACACCUAGUGAACAGGAAGAGUUGGCGUCAGAGAUGAUAAAUGAAGAUGUGAAUAUUAGCCUGCUCUCUGACAGCGUGGACACAGAAAGGGACUGCGGAAGCAAAGCGUCAGGAGUGAGUGAGAAGAGCUGUGAGAGUGAGGAGACACCCAGCACCAAGCCACGGGCAGAGAAGAAACUACUUCCUCUGGGGCCGUACGAACCCAACAACCCUGUGGGUGUGGAGUAUGUGAAAAUGGGUUACUACUGCAGAUUAUGCUUCCUGUUCUACUCAAAUGAAGAGACUGCAAAAAAGAUCCAUUGCAGCAGCCUGUCUCACAAUAAAAAACUGAAGAAACACCUGGACAAAAAGAAGAAAGCAAAAGAGGUCAAGCCUCAGUGAAAUGUAAUUUUUUUUAACACUGAUGUUCAACUUGAUGAAGCUGCUUAAUUCCAGUGUUGUUGCACAUGCCAUGGUACUCUUUUUGUCAUACAGUAAUGACCACAGGUAUUGUUUGUCCUUGUUGACAAAGAAUGCUCAUCUAAUGAGGCAGUGCUCAGAAUGUAGAGUACCUUGUUAUAAUGCUUCAUUGCCCAGAAUGUAGAGUACCUUGUUAUAAUGCUUCAUUGCCCGUUUUGUUUUUUAUUUCGUUUUCUAUUGUAUAAUGGGAUUAGUUAUUACCUACAGUGUAACUAUUUUGGUCUGUUUGAUUAAAGGAUUCUUGUGAUAUUUUUAGGUCUUAUUAAAAAUGUUGUGUAUAGAUCACAAUGUACCCCCUUCAUAUGCAUACACACAUUUAUGGUUGUCUAAAAGGUUUUUUUUUUUAUACACAUUGAAAUUAAAUCUACUUCUAAAGGAUCAUCUGGGAUUUUGCAUGUCACUUUUUGCAUUGUUCAUUGCAGAGGCUUUCAUGAGUUGUGGCAAUACAAGUUACCAUGUCAAUGAAUUCGGUUUUAAGCCAAUAGUAUGGCCUGAACAUCUAGCAUCAGUCAACAUGAAUUUCAGCUUAUUGAUUAUCAUCCAGGUGCAAUAAAAUUAUGUGGUUACAAGUUAGUGAGGAGUAACUGGGGGUGGGCUCUGCACUCCUAUCUGUUCUAUUCAGAAUUUGUUGAGCAAAUGAUGAUGGAAGAACUUUUCAGUGCAACCAGGCUCCAUAGUUCAUCAUGGAGGCUUGGUGUCACUGUAAGAAUCCCCGCAGACGCUCCUGGAACAGGAUUCAUUUAAUGUUCUCUGUUCAGUGACUCCAAAAUAAUGUUUUAACCUUUCCUCUGUGUUAACCGUUAUACAUACAGUGCCCUCCAUAAUGUUUGGGACAAACCAUUUAUUUAUUUGCCUCUGUACUCCACAAUUUGAGAUUUGUAAUAAAAAAGAAAGUUUUUUUUUUGUAAGAUUUUAAUAAAGGGCAUAUUUAUAAA